GAGGAUUCAGCAUGGGGUCCAGCUCCUCUUCCUACGCCCCAAAAACCAUCUAUUUGGACGUGGAUGGAAAGGUUCAGAAGGUGGUUUUCAGUCGGCAUUGUAGCCCAUGUGACAUCAAGGAGCUCCUUUGUUCCUCGUCCAACAUCCCCAGGAAUACUGCCAUCAUGAUGGUGGAUCCUGAAGGGGCCCUGGUGUCCAUAGACCCGACCAUGCCUACCAACUCUCCCAAGUAACACGUCACCUUUACCCUAAUCACCAAAUCUCAAUGAUACAGUAUUUACUCGAUUGAGCUCAGUCAUAGAAAAGAUUGAGCUCAGUCAUAGAAAGGCAUUCCUGACCGUUGUUAAUCCAAAGAAUGCAUAGCCUAUGUACUAUGCGUAAAAAUACUUUUCAAACGUUAUGUAAUCAACGACUUGAUGAAUGACGUUGGAAUGUUACUGACAUGUUUUACAGCUCCUUGUACAAAGUAAUUUCUUUGUCCACCGGUCAGCUUGGAGGUGAAGUACCAGCGCGAUAGUUCAAAUUCAGCAAACACUUUUUAACCUUUGACCUUUUAGAUCUUAAUUCAUUCUUACUCGCAUAACUCACAUAAAGCUAUCACAACCAAACUUAAAAACAAAGUUAAAACAACUCUGGGUACUAAACAUAAGUUUCGAUCACUAGAGUGAUUUCUUUUUGUUUGUUUGCGCCCACAGAGAAAGAAGACAUGUUUCAAAAUGUGUUAUCUCAGGUGGCAGAGCAGUUCAGCAGGGCUUUCCGAAUCAACGAGCUGAAAACUGAGGUGACCAACAGACUGGCCAUGUUGGAGAAAAGAUGGAGGGACUGAAGGUUGUGGAGAUUGAGAAGUGCAAAAAUGACCUAAAGAAACUACGAGAUGAGAUGACAUCCAGAGGCGGAGGGAGAGUCGGGAACUGUCCCUGCAAGUACAACUUCUCAGACGACGGGAAGAAACUUAAUCCCAGACGUGACGUCCCAAGUUAUCCAAAGUAUACCUUAUCCCAGGAGACUAUUGAAGCACUGAAGAAGCCAACCUUCGAUGUCUGGCAUUGGGAACACAACGAGAUGCUGAGCUGCUUGGAGUACAUGUACCAUGACUUGGGACUGGUGAAGGAAUUCAACAUGAACCCCAUCACUCUCAAACGCUGGCUGCUGGGCAUUCAGGAGAACUAUCGCAGCAACCCGUUCCACAACUUCCGCCACUGCUUCUGUGUCAGUCAGAUGAUGUAUGGCAUGAUUAACCUGUGUAACCUGCCGGAGAAGAUGACUCUGACGGACAUGGGCAUUCUCAUGACAGCUGCAGUGUGCCACGACCUGGACCACCCCGGCUACAACAACACGUAUCAGAUCAAUGCUCGCACAGAGCUGGCCGUGCGUUACAACGAUAUAUCUCCCCUGGAGAACCAUCACUGCGCCGUGGCCUUCCAGAUCCUCUCGCUGCCCGAGUGCAACAUAUUUGCCAACGUCGAGUUGGAGGCCUACAAGCAGAUCAGACAGGCCAUCAUUACCCUGAUCUUGGCCACAGACAUGGCCCGGCAUGGAGAGAUAUUAGACUCCUUCAAACAUAAAGUGGACAGCUUUGACUUCACCAACGAGGAGCAUGUCACAUGCCUGAAGAUGGUUCUGAUCAAAUGCUGCGACAUCUCCAACGAGGUCCGGCCAACAGAGGUGGCCGAACCCUGGGUGGACUGUCUGCUGGAGGAGUACUUCAUGCAGAGUGACAGGGAGAAGACUGAAGGGCUGCCGGUGGCUCCGUUUAUGGACAGAGACAAAGUGACCAAGCCCACUGCCCAGAUCGGAUUCAUCAAGUUUGUCCUCAUCCCAAUGUUUGAGACAGUCCUGAAGCUCUUCCCCCAGAUUGAGGAGAUCAUGGUGCAGCCUCUGAGAGACUCUAGAGACCACUAUGAGGAGCUGAAGCAGAUCGAUGACGCCAUGACAGAGGGCUCUGGCUCUCGUUUUAUGAUCCAAAAAUUCAAAAAGGUCGUGGGUCGUCCUGAUCUGCGUCUUUGAAGACAAGAUGGAGGGUGAAAAGAGUUAUCUUCUACACACUGAGCCAGCCUCAGACUACAUGAAACACCCUGGGUGAUCUCCACUGUUUUGUUAUGGACAUUACAGAAGGACAAUGUCUCUGUUUCAAUGUCCACACUAGCAUACUACUUAGGAUGAAGUCAUGUAUCAGGGACAUUGGAAUAUAGCCAAUGUGUGUUCUCGGUGUAGUCUGUAUUUUUUUUCUCAUUUUUACUGUAAUUUCUGAAAGCUAAUUGGUCAUUGUAGGUAUCAAUUACUGUGUUCACACAGGCAGCCUAUUUCUGAUCUUUUUGCCCAAUAAUUGGCAAAAGAUCUGAUCGGAUUGAUCAAAAGACCAAACAUUUGGAAAAUUGGUCUGUCUGUGUAUACGCAGCCUAUCAUAAUUUCUGAGUGACAAUUGGUCAUUGUUGGUAUCAACAUGCCAUAUUUUCUGCUUUCUGUUUUUAGUCACACUUGUUGAUGUUGCCUAUAUUACAAAUAGCAACUAAGUUGUAUGCUAGAACACUUUCUUUUCCUUUUCAGUUCUCCUAUUCAAAUGCAAAACUGUUUCUGAAACCGUUUGAAUAAAUUGACUCUUGAUUUAAA